GAGCGGCGAGUGUAAAACCUGGCGUUUGGCGCAGCUGAUCUACCUGCGAACAACGACAAGAGCGAGAUCGCAUGCAUGGGACGCAGGGACAAGGAGGAUAGGCGCUGCGCGGCAAGUGCUUGCCCGGUCAAUAGAAUCAUUCUAGGCACCGCCGCUGCUGCUACUGCUCCUUUCCUCCUUCAACCUUCACACAUUCCUCGACCGCCUUUCUCCCUUCAUCCUCGUUCAUCCGAUGUACAGCACGCAUCUCAACCCAACGUCUUCGGAAUCUCCCAUCUCCUUACCCGCAGCCGCCGGCCACAUGCGCCAAACCUCUAAGCGGCCCGUCGUCCCUCGAGUUAUUGGCCACCAACAACUCAUUCUCCGGGACGCUUCACGAGACUAAUACACCCUCCGCGAGAUUCAUACACCUUCCGCGAGCUUCUCAGCCCAGGGAGCAAGAUGGCACAUUUGCUCUCCUUAUGAUCCAGCCCCCAAUAGACGUUCAGCGUUCUCCUUGCGUGAGCUCUUCUCCCUCUGCAGUUUCCCCUGUCUAGCGCG